AUGGGCGAAAACGCAGUCAACGGAGAGCGGGCUCAGUCCCAAUUUUUGGAGCAUCUGACCUCCUACCCCGUUGUUUCGGACUCGAUCACCUUCUACAAAGGAAACAAAUACGGCGCCAAGUCAUUGGAGUUCGCCGACCAAGGCUACGGAAUUGCUAAACCCUACCUCACAUACCUGUCGAAACCCUACGGAUACGUUGCGCCGUACGUCAGCCGGGCAGACUCCCUUGGAGACAAGGGAUUGCAGAGGGUAGAUGCGACCUUCCCUUUUAUCAAGGAAGAUACCGGCACACUCAAGAACACCGUCUAUGACACCGUUCUCUUCCCAGUGCGACUUGUUGGAGAUGUGAAGGGCCAUCUCUUUAGCACCUAUGGUGACGAGUAUAAGAAAUGCGGCGGAAGUGGAAUUGUGGCAAGCGGCAAGGCUAUCAUCACCACCAGCCUUGUCCUUUCUCAGGAGUCGCUGGGUUUUGUCAGCUCCCUGCUCCAGCAGAAGAAGGCCCAAGUCAAAGACCUCGUUCCCGAACCCCAAUCCAGCGACGAAGAAGCCAGCUCAUUCCAAGAACCCCCAACCCAAUUAAACAGCCAUGCAGACCGCCGCGCCCGUACGAAACCAACGACCCCCGAUGAUAGCGAGUAUGACAGCGGUAAUGGACCGGGUUUUCGCGAAACCAGUAGCACAGACGUGAUGGUGAAGAAGCUUGUGCGACUCGCGCUUUCGAGUGAAUAUUCGCGCCAGCCGAUCCGGAGAGUCGAUAUUAGCAAUAAAGUUCUUGGCGAGCAAGGAUCGCGGCAGUUCAAAGUUGUUUUUGAGGAGGCGCAGAGAGUUCUGGCGGAUACAUUUGGGAUGCAGUUGGCUGAAUUGCCCGGGAAGGAGAAGGUUACUAUUCAGCAGCGGAGGGCCGCGCAGAAAGUUGAAAGACCGUCAUCAACAAAUAAAUCGUGGAUUCUUACGAGUACGCUACCGUCCAAAUACCGGAAGCAGGAUAUCCUACAACCGACGCGGGGGCCGAUGGAAAGUGCCUACACAGGAUUGUAUACGUUUAUCAUCGGAUUAAUCCUGUUAAACGGGGGUUCGCUCCAGGAGCAGAAACUUGAUCGGUACCUCAGCCGCGUAAACGCCGAAACGUACACGCCUAUCGACCGAACGGACCGAUUUCUGCAACGCCUCUGCAAGGAAGGAUAUCUGCUCCGGAAUCGGGAAAUGGAUGGUGGGGACGAGAUCAUCGAGUACAUGGUCGGACCGCGGGGCAAGGUCGAGGUUGGAGCGAGGGGUGUGGCUGGCCUCGUGAGAGAGGUUUAUGGACGGCAGGCUUUGGCCGAAGAUGAUGAUGUGACUCCUGCGGAGCGGGAGAAGAUGGCAGAUUUCGAGUUCCGAUUGGGUAGGAGCCUAGGGAUGAGGAAGGUGGAUAAUACGAAUACGCAAAAACGAGAGGAGGAUGCUGGAGAGGGGAGGUCGACUCAACGGCGACGGCGGAGUUCUGAGUCUGGUUCUGGUUCUGGCGACCAAGAUAGUGAUUGA